AUGUUGUUCCUCCAGCUUGCGUUGACAACUUUAGCCACAGCCCAAUUCUUCGACACAUCAGGUGGCUUCCGACCUUUCGGCCCAGGAUACAACCGUGGUGCUUACCCGCAAGACUUCAACGUUGUAGGACCAGAACUUCAAGCUGUUCAUGACAGUCAGUCUGCGCCUACCGGUCUCGCUGUGGAUAGCCAACACAACAUCUACCUUACAUACCCACGCAACAGUGGCCAGACACCGAACAAUGUGGUGAUAUGCACCGACUUUAACAACGAGAAGCCCUGGCCUAGCGCAGAGAUCCAGAACUGCACUUCCGGUCAAGACCCAUCCACAUGCUUCCUCAACGUCCAGAAUGUCGUCUUGGACUCGAUCGGCCAGCUAUGGAUAGUAGACAGCGGCAUCCCAGCCGCCAUCGCCAACCAAAGCGGCGCCAUGGCCGUCCCGGGUGGCGCAAAAAUCAUGUCCUUCAACCAAACCACAAGCGCACUCAUCCGAACCUACACCAUUCCCACGGACUUGCUCGCACAUAGCACCAACGCCAACGACGUCCGCAUAAACAACACCCUCGGCACAAACGGCUGGGCCUUUAUAACAGACGAAAGCACCAACUCCUCUAUCCUCGCUAUCGAUCUCGACACCGGCAGGACUGUGAGAAGGCUCUUCAAUACCUCCGUCGUCCGCGCAGACCACAACUACGUAGGCUCUUAUGAUGGAAACCUAAUCUACGGCUGGAAUGGAACGAAAAAGUCCUUCCUCACUACAGGUGCCGAUGGGAUUGCUCUAGCAAGCGGCAACUUCUACUGGGGUGUACUAGCCAGCCGACGCUUCUACUACGUUGCCCAAAGCGUCGUCAUCGAUCCCAAUGCCACUGACGCUGAUGUCCUGGCUGCUGUACAGGAUCCCGGCCAGUGCGCCAGUGAGCAAGCGGGUCUAACGGCUGAUGACAAGGGAAGGGUGUAUAUUCUCGCUAGUGAGCAGAAUGCGAUUUAUUAUGUUGAUACCUUGCAAAUCCAGGUCAACGAGACGGUCAAUGGAGUGGCGGCUGGUGGGAACGGGUUGGUGAAGGCGGAGAAUUAUGUUGUCAAUACUUUGGUCAGGAAUGGGAUGAUCCAGCAUGCGGAUAGUGCAGCCAUUUUGGACGGCUGGCUGUACUUUUGCACGUGA